AUGGGAUAUGGCAAAGUCAUUGAGGCUGAGGCUUGGGGGAUGCUUCUUGGUUUGCAGAUGGCUUAUCAAUUGAAUAUCCCUAAAAUUAUAGUUGAAUGCGAUUUAGAAUUUAUUGUUCAGUUGUUGAACAAUGGUGUUGAUAACCUUCAUCCUCUUAAGAGUGUUAUUGAUAGCUGCCUACAAAUGAAAGCUGGAUUUGAAGAAUGCAUUGUGGCUCAUGUGUAUCGAGAAGUUAACAUGGUUGCAGAUGUGCCAUCUAAGUGUAGUUUGGACACUGACGUAGGCACUAUCUACAUGGAGCAACCUCCUCCUCAAGUUAUCAAUGCCUUCCUUGAUGAUUUGAGUGAAGUUCCUAGAUCUAGGAAAGUUUGUAAUGCCUUAAGUUAG